AAACAGGACCAAAGAACUCUUAUCUAUCACCACUGCACCGGACCAGAAACAUUCAUUCGAAGAGCCAUGGCGAUAAUUCCCCAAACCCAAGUUUUCUCUUCUUUCAGGACCAUUAACUCUGAUCUCUAUCCAACUAAGCUACACCUCAAGAAACUGAAGUUCAAGCCUCUAAAAAUCUCAGCUUCCUUGGAAUCUUCAGAAGAAGAGCCUCCAGAAUCCGAAAAAUUCGAUCGUGUAAAGCUUGCAUUUGCCAAAGCCAAGGCCUACAAGAAAGACAUCCAAAUCAAACCCAUUCCCAAGACUGUUCAAAACACAGUUUCAGAAUCUGCAGAAACUCAAGAGCAAAUUGACGGGUCGAAGGAUGAAGCUAAUGUUAGCGAGAAACAGGAGCUGCCUUCUGCAGUCAAACUCGCUUUCCAGAGAGCCAAUGAGUAUAAGAACACAGAAAUUGUGGGCAGCAGUGAGAAAAAACCAGCUUCUUUGGAAUCGUCAUCACCCAUUUCGGAAGAGGAGACUCCAGAAUCUGAAAAAGUUGAUCCUGUAAAGCUCGCAUUUGCCAAAGCCAAGGCCUACAAGAAAGAAGUUCAAACCAACCCCAUUCCAAAGAUUGUUCAAAACCCAGUUCCGGAAUCUGCAGAAACAGAAAAGCAAGGUGGUGGGUCAGAGGAGGAAGCUAAUGUUAGUGAGGAACAGGAGGUGCCUUCUGCAGCCAAACUUGCAUUCGAGAGAGCAAAGGAGUAUAGGAAGAACAAAGAAGUUAUGGGUAGCGGUACAGGUUUACAAGGCAGUGAGAAAAAACCAGGACUUAAUGACAAAGGGAUUGUGAAGGAUCCUGGGAAUAGUUUACCCAAAAUGAAAGAAAGUAAGAAGGAAGAAUUCACAAUUUCGAGUAUAGAUUUUAUGGGGCUUAAUUUUUCUGAUAAAAAGGAUGGCAAGCGAAUGCCUGCCGGGCUAGUUCCAAUAUUGGACCCUUUCCCUGAAGACGACGACUUGCCAGAAGUAGAAAUACUAGUCGGGGAUACUAGCAAGUUUGGAGAUGCAGCGGCAACAAAGCCUAAACCUGUUUUGGAGGAAGAAAUGGAUGCCUACAAGCCAAAGGUUUCCACGUGGGGUGUUUUCCCUAGACCUAGCAACAUUUCUAAAACCUUUGGUGGUGGAAGAACUCUUAAUCCCGGUGAGGCACUUGAAACAACAGAAGAGAAAGCAGCCAAACAGGCUCGAUCGAGACAGCUUCUUGCUGCCUACAAGGCAAAAAAAGGCUUAGUUAUUGAGCCGAAACUUAAACUUGAGUGUCAGAAGGCAUUAAGUGAUGGCGAUUCAUUGAUGGAACUUGGGAAGCUAAGAGAAGCGAUUCCGCUUUAUGAAAAAGUAAUGGAUCGACUGUCAUUCCAGACUGAACUUUACGGACUUGCGGCUUUGCAAUGGUCUAUUUGCCAAGACUCGCUCCAAAGGCGAAACGAAGCUCGAAGCAUGUAUGAGAAACUUCAGUCACACCCGAACAUUCAAGUGAGCAAGAAAGCAAAGCAAUUUGCAUUCAGCUUCCAGGCCAUGGAAAUGAUGAAGGUUAGAGGCUCGACCAAUUCUCCAAAGGCCACGGGCUAUCAAAAUUACUUUGAUGCAUUUGUCGAGGACAAAGCUGACUACCCUCUUAAAGAAGCUGAGGUUGAUGAAGGCACGCUCAGUCAAGCUCUCCCCUACAUCAUCUUUCUCGUUUCCCCUGUAUUUAUCGUGCUACUCAUUUCUGCACUAAAGGGUAACUAACUAACUACUUGAAGUUCUCAUCUUCCCAAAUUGCAGAAUCAAUGUAAAAUGAAUGCUAGUUUUCAACUGCACUUUUGCAUGAGAUGUAGCCUGUUGGGAUGCCUAUGAUUCAAUUUUUGACAAUUUGAUACAUAUUAUUGAA